GAGUGGGUGGGGAGGCACACUAAGAGGGGGCAAGGAAGCCACUCGAGAGGAGCUCAAGAGAGGAACUGUGGAGAGAGAGUGAGAGGGGAGAAUCCAAACCUUUCAAGUUGUCUGAACUUUUCCACCACCAGCAGGAUCAUGACUACUGAGACGCCUGAAGGCUCCGGCGCAGCUCAAACAGCUGCACCAGCAAGGGACCGCAAGUGCGGCAUGGGAGACCGCCACAUUCACAGAGACGAUGUGAGGCAGAUAUGGAGGGAGUGUCAGUCAGAGAGCUUCUGGUAUAGAGCCCUCCCUCUCUCAGUGACUAGCAUGGCUGUGACAGGGGCCCUCAUCUACCAAGGGAUUUGGAAGGCAUCAAAACGAUUCGGACCAUUCCCCAAGCUAGCAUUGGCAGGUGUCCUUGGUUUCGCUGUGGGUAAGGCCUCCUAUGCCAGAACGUGCCGAAAGAAGUUUGAGAGACUUGGUCCCUACACUGGUCCCCCUGGGGUUGGACCUUGGUCACGGAGACCAGACUUUGCGCCAGGCCACAGACACUGCCACCACAUGUGUGAAGAAUGCAAAAGGCAAGAAGCACAACCAACAGCAACAGCACAAGCCCAGCCAACACAGAGCUAGGCACUUUUUCCCACGUCUUCCGUGCCUCUUGCUUUAUGGAAUGUAAAUCUGUCUUUUCUAUAUUACUUUGAUUUAAUAAUAAAGUUGUCUAGUUGCUUUGUAAAAUUA